GGUUCGUCUGUGGAUUUCCAUUCAUUGGAAGCUUGCAGCUUUCCCUUCUCUCAUAGCAUGGAAUCCCUCAAUGAGGCCGUGACUAUUGGAGUUGGGAUUCUCUUCUUCUUCUACUUCCUCUAUAAGCUGAGGAGGGAUGGCAGCAAAAUGAAAUUGCCUCCGGGACCACGUCCAUGGCCUCUCAUAGGAAGUCUCCAUCUCCUGGGAACCCUUCCUCACCAAUCGCUUACUGCGCUGGCAAAGAAAUACGGAUCCAUUAUGUUUCUCCGUUUGGGCUCCAUCCCCACUGUUGUGGUGUCUUCUCCUUCCAUGGCAAAAGAAUUCCUCAAAACACAAGAUUUGGUCUUUGCAAACAGACCAAACUGUGCACACGGGAAAUACAUAUUGUAUGAUCAUAAAGACGUGGCGUAUAGCCCCUAUGGAGAGUACUGGAGGCAGAUGAGAAAGCUGUUGACGGUGGAGCUGCUCACGGUGAAGAGAAUCGAUUCUUUCAGAUUCGUGAGAGAAGAAGAAGUGUCUGUCAUGAUCGCCUCCAUCUGGCAGGAAAGCGGGCACGGAGCGCAGUAUGUGGAUGUAAAGAAGAGGCUUUCCUCCCUUACUCAAAAUAUUGUCUGCAGAAUGUUUGCCAGCAGGAUGUAUUCCGACAACGAGUUGAGUGGAGGGCUGGGCUUCAAACAAAUGGUUGAGGAGAUGUUCGCUCUGGCCGGUGCAUUUUGCGUGGGUGAUUUCAUUCCAUCUCUCGACUGGCUCGACCUGCAAGGAAUCCGUCGUCGCAUGCAGGCCGUUCACAAAAUAUUCGAUUCAUUUGCAGAGAAAGUAAUCGACGAGCACGUUCAUCGUAGAUUGGUAACAGGAGGUCCCAAGGAAGAAGAUCGUGUUAAGGACAUGGUAGACGUGAUGCUCGACAUGGCCGAGACGGAGGGCCAAACAAUCUCGCGGGUUAACAUCAAAGCGAUCAUCUUGGACAUGUUAACUGCCGGAAUAGAAACAUCAUCGACAACAGUAGAAUGGGCAAUGACUGAGCUACUGAGGAAUCCUGCAACGCUGUUACGAGCGCAGAAAGAGAUGGAAUCAGCAGUGGGCAGAGAGCGCAGAGUAAAGGAGAGUGAUGUCAUGAAACUCGACUAUCUGCGAUGCGUGGUGAAGGAAACUUUUCGACUUCAUCCACCACUUCCUAUGCUCAUUCCGCACGAGUCGAUAGAAGGCUGCAACAUUGGAGGAUAUUUUGUUCCGCCAAAGACGAAGCUUUUUGUGAAUGUUUGGGCGAUGGGAAGGGAUGAGAACGUUUGGGAAGAUGCUCAUCUGUUCAAGCCCGAGCGGUUUAUGGGGAGUACUAAGGAUGUGAGAGGUCAGGACUUCGACUUACUGCCCUUCGGAGCAGGAAGAAGAGGGUGCCCUGGUAUCUCUAUGGGUGUUUCUGUUGUUGAUUUGGCACUUGCUCAGCUGAUUCAUUGCUUUGACUGGACUGUGGAGGGCGAGGUGGAUGUGGAGGAAGAGUUUGGUUUAGCUGUUCCCAGAAAAAAUCCACUGUUUGUCCGCCCUUCAUGGAGGCUCACAGUUGAAUAUCCUAUUUAAGAGAGUGUUGUGUGAGAGGUGUCUUUCCAUGGCUAGUACAUAUAUAGUAUUAUUAUCAGUUUCAUGUUGUACUCCUGUAACGCAUUUUCUAUCAUUGUCUGAACCAAUAAGUUCGUGUGCAUCACGUGGUCGACGUCUCCCCAAUCUCAAAUUCAUUUUACAUGUGUGAUGAAGAACAAAACCCACUAAAACAUGGAAUGGUUAUGGAAGUAACAAAGGUUUAUCAAGAGGAAAGUGUGCCGCACAAGAUGGUUUACUUAGUCAAAAUUCAAUAAACCUCUAUUUAAAAGAA